AACAGGACCAUCAGGGUGAAAGUAACUCUGCCCAAUUGUUUUCGAUGGCGCCGGGAAUCGAACCCCAAACCACAGGACUACGUAUCCAGCGUGCUGUCCACUGAGCCACCAGCCCUGUACCACCAGCCACCUGUGGCUUCCUCCUGCUGGAGGCAUUCUCCUCCACCAGGCGACCUAUGUGUGGUCAGGUCAAGGAGGGACAUUAUAAAUAAUGGAAGAUAUAGAAGAUUUAGUACGUGAUGGGGCAGAUCUCUUUGCCCAACGGUCACGCAACUCAGUGAUGCCAAGAGUGAGGCAUAGAAAGAUGGUUGCUUCUGAGGAGGUGAGAGAGGAGUCAGCAUGUGAGAAUCGGUGUACGAGCAUCAUCCCAGGGACCCAGAAGAUAUACCUUAAAACGUGGGGAUGUGCACACAACAGCUCGGACAGCGAGUACAUGGCUGGCCAACUGGCAGCAUAUGGAUACAAAAUUGUUGAUGAAAAGUCAGAUGCUGAUGUAUGGGUACUGAACAGCUGUACGGUGAAGAAUCCAGCUGAGGACCACUUUCGCAAUGAGAUCAAAGCAGGGAGAGAAGCUGGCAAGAAGGUGGUGGUGGCUGGUUGUGUGUCUCAAGCUGCUCCACGUUCAGAGUUUCUGGAAGGUUUAAGCAUCAUAGGGGUGCAACAGAUUGACCGUGUUGUAGAAGUCGUGGAGGAAACCCUGAAGGGAAAUUCUGUAAGAAUGCUGAGUCAGAAGAAAGAAGCAGGCAAGAGAAAGGGUGGAGCCUCACUUCUCUUGCCUAAAGUAAGAAGAAACCCUCUUAUAGAAAUUAUAUCCAUCAACACCGGGUGCCUAAAUCAGUGCACUUAUUGUAAAACUAAACAUGCACGUGGAGAGUUGGGGUCAUAUGAUAUAGAAGAAGUAGUGGCCAGAGCACAACAGUCAUUCAGCGAAGGUGUGUGUGAGGUGUGGCUGACGUCUGAAGACACCGGAGCCUAUGGGCGAGAUAUUGGUGUUUCGUUACCAGAGCUGCUCUGGCAACUGGUGGAGGUCAUACCUGAAGGCUGUAGAUUAAGACUGGGCAUGACAAACCCACCUUACAUAUUAGAUCAUUUAGAGGAAAUGGCCAAGAUUAUGCAGCAUCCUCGUGUUUAUGCCUUUCUUCAUGUACCCGUCCAGUCUGGGAGUGAUGGUGUGUUGGGGGACAUGAAAAGAGAAUAUUCAAUUGAUGAUUUUUGUAAAGUGGUCAACUUUUUGAAGGACAGAGUACCUGGUAUUACAAUAGCAACAGAUAUUAUCUGUGGCUUCCCAACAGAAACAGAAGAAGAUUUUCAGGAAACAAUCAAACUUUGUAGCAAAUACAAGUUCCCAUCUCUCUUUAUAAACCAGUUUUAUCCUCGGCCGGGUACUCCUGCAGCAAAGAUGCAGAGAAUACCAACAAAAGAGGUGAAGAAUCGCACGAGGCGAUUGACAGAGGUGUUUCAUUCUUACCGUCCAUAUGACCAUAAACUGGGAGAAAAGCAAAUAGUUCUUGUAACAGAGGAGUCCCAUGACAAGGAGCACUGGGUUGGACACAAUAAAUAUUAUGAACAGGUCUUAGUUCCAAAAAAUGAAGAUUUCUUGGGAAAGUUGGUUGAAGUGGAGAUUAUUGAAACGGGCAAGCACUACAUGCGUGGACGACCAGUUGAAACGUCAAAACCCAUUUCUCCAACAAUGACUGAAUCCCUCCCCAAAGGUGAAGUUUCUGGCUUGGUAAACACCCAGGAUAUCUUAGGUUCCAACAAGAAGAAUCAGUUGAAGGAAGAUCUUGCCAAGCAGGAACGAUACAUCAUACUAAGUUUCAUAUUGCUCAUUUCAGCCCUCCUAGUCAAACUUGCAUGGGUUUGUUUUAAAAUGCUAAAUGGAAAUAUGAUUGAUUAAACUUUUCUACAUUU